AUGGAAGAAACGACAUGGGAACAAAGACACCAUGCCCUAACUCACAUCCUAACCCACCAUACAACCACCCCAUCUCUCCAUGCCCAAUUCUUCAUCGCCACACAAAUCCCAUGUUACCUCGAUUGGGAAUACCCUCCAAUCCUGUGCCCUAAACACCAUGAAUUCCGAUGGGCUUUAAGUCUUUUCAUGAGGAGGGUAUCGAUGAAGAAAGCAUCUUGGAGGUCAAAGUGCCCUUAUCAACUACCCCAACCCUUGGUGCUUGCGAAAGGCGUAGAAGAACCAAAAUGGGGUGAAGAAGAUAAGAUAGAGUAUGUGAAGAAGAGACUUAGAAGGAAAAGGUCAACAAUAAUGUUCUUCAUAUGGUCUUGUGUGUAA